GUGUGGGUGCGAUUGUAGCUCGUUAGCUACUUUCGUUUACUGGGUAACAUCAAGUGGGGAAUCAGUAAUUAAUGAUUAUCUUUUUACGUUGAGGUUUUUUUUUUUAUUCGAGCGCCACGAUGAGGAAGAGUGAAGUGCAUGCCGCGGAGUCCGUGGCAUGCCUGAAUAAGGCGCUGAGCCGCUUAAAAGAUAUAUGGGAGGAGAUCGGAAUCCCGGAGGACCAGAGGCUUCAGCGGACCGACGCGGUUAAGAUGCAUAUAAAGAACCUGUUGGACAUGAUGAUAGCAGAGGAGGAGGGGCUGAAGAAGAGGUUGCUGAGCAGCAUUGGGUCCUGUCGAAAAGAGCUGAGUGGUUUAUGUGAGGAGCUUGGGCUUCCUCCAUUUGAGGAUGAGGAAGGUCUAACCAUGCUCCAGCUUGAGAAGGAGAUCCGCACACGUCUGAAGGUGAUGCUGAAGCAGAAGAGUCAGAGGAUGAGUGAGCUGAAGACCCUGAUGCAGCAGGACCGUGAGCUGUGCGACGUCCUGUGCGAUAACCCAUACACCAUCGACCCCGAUCGGGUGCCCUCCGCCCAGCAGCUGGAGGACUACCGUCAGCACAUCGCCACCCGCAACAAGGAGAAGGAGUGUCGUCACGCUGAGUUUGUGACCAUCAAACGUCAGAUUGUUGCAUGCAUGGAGGAUCUCGAGCAGAUGCCAGACACCAGCUUUGAGAGAGAAGUGGUUUGUGAGGAUGAGGAGGCGUUCUGCCUCUCGACAGAAAAUAUUACUGCCCUCAAAGUGCUGCUGAGCCAGCUGGAAAAUCAGAAAGCGAGAAUUGAGACAAUGUGUGUGUCAUACCGCUGCCGCAUUGGGGAGUUGUGGGAGAGACUGCACGUCCCUCAGGAAGAGAGAGAGACCAUCACUGAGCACAUAACAAGCAGCAGGAAGAGAGACAUGGAUGCUCUGCAGACAGAGCUGGAGCGUCUGGAGGAGCUGAAGAUGAAGAACAUUAAGAGUGUGGUUGAGAUAGUCAGAGGCGAGAUAUCCCUGCUCUGGGAGAAAUGCUUCUACAGCCUGCAGCAGAGGCAGGCCUUCACUCCAUACUAUGACGACGCUUUCACAGAGGAGCUGCUAGCCGCGCACGAGCAAGAGCAGCAGUGUCUGAAGGAGCAUUAUGAGAGCCACAGAGAGCUUUACGAUGGAGUCAACAGCUGGCAGAACAACUGGUCUCUCUUCCAGGAGCUGGAGAAAAAGGCCACGGAUCCGUCUCGGUUCCACAACAGGGGUGGCAACCUGCUGCGGGAGGAGAAGCAGCGGGCGGAGCUGCAGAAGAGCCUGCCUAAGCUGGAGAGGAGUCUGAAAAGCCAGAUUGAGCAGUGGGAGGCGGAGCAGGGGAAGGAGUUCCAGGUCAACGGGCAGUGUUUCACACAGUACGUAGAGGAGCAGUGGAACCUGCACCACCUGGAAAAGGAGAGGGAGAAGCUGGAGAGGCAAAUGAAGAAGAGUAAGCAGACUGAGGAGGACAUGCUGUAUGGCACAGCUCUAAGAACACCCACCAAGAGGAGGCUAGCAGGCACGCCCACCCCAGGAAAGGCCCGCAAGCUGAAUACAACCUCCAGUAUUGCUAGCUUCACCCCCAAUUCCACCCUCCGCUCCAUUUGCCAUUCCCCUUCAAUGAGACCUCCUCUCUCUGUUACCAAGGUCACUGCAGGCUGCCGGACGCCAGCUCGUGGCCGGACGCCCCGUGGCCUGGAGCGCAAUAAGGAGAACCUGUCUCAGCUGAGCGGAGCCCUGCGGACCAUGACUGCCAGCCCACACCGAAACUACUCCAUCAACUCUGUGGCCAGCUCCUACUCCGAGUUUGCGAGGGAUUGUGUCAACAUUGAAUCCACCAUCAUCUCCAGCGAGAACUCUCUCAGGCCUCAAAAUCCAGCUGCAAGACUGGACUUCUGAACUCCACCAUCACACGCUGAGCACUGCUGAGGGGGCAGGCGGUGUCAACUCACUGCACCUCUGUCUGCAUUCACUUUCGUCCAGUUGAAGGGACCUGAGAUUGAGAACACUGAAUGUAAAUCACCUGAAAAAGAUAUUUCUAUGAAGUUGUGUAAAUAUUUUUACUGCUUUUUUUUUCUUCCUUUUUUUUAAAAAAAUGCAUCUUAGCUCAGAACAAAUCAGUUUUCCAUGUGGCAGAUGGAUGUCAUACCAAGAUAGCUAGAUAGUUUUUAUCAAAACUCUUUUACAAUAAAAUGUAUACCUUUUUUAAGCAUUCAUUGGGGCUUGUACAGUAUGUGAUGGUUUGCAACACAAGCAUACCAUUUCUCAUUGUUCAAUAUUGUCUGUAUUUAUUUUGCUACUUUACUGCCUAACACUAGUAAAUCGUUCUUGAUAAGCUUCAGCUCACACUUGGUAAGGCUGUUAGCAGCCCUUAAAAUAAAUGGUUUUAAUGGAGACACUUGUUUUGUUUUGUUUUUUGUUUUUUUGACUGGUCAAAGUGGCCAAUACUAAACGCGAAUGUAGUGUCGUGUAGUUUCUCUUCUGAUUGCCACAACCGAACGGUCGUCCUCUUAUGAUCAAGGGGUGGCCAUAGUGUAGGAAAUAAUACUUUUAGUGCUUAUUAGUACUGAAAUAGUCUUGGUGUCACAAUUUCACGUUCUUUUUUUGUAGCCCGUUUUUCGCCACCAAAUAAAAGGCAG